UCGAAAAUUAUUUCAACCGUACCUUCAUAAUUUCGAAGGGUGCAAACUCGUCUGAACCAGCUUCGGGUCAACAACUCACGGCCAACAAUUUCAAGGCUGAGGAGCUUGGGAUUAAUGGCAACCAUGCGCGCCUGGCAGUUCACCACCCUCAACACGCCCUUCGAAUCCAACCUCACUCUCAACACCGUCCCCAAGCUCGUCGCCCCCUCGCAAAGCACCUCGGAAAAGAAACCCAGCAUCCUCAUCCGCAUCCACGCCGCCUCGCUCAACCCCGCAGACCACAAAGUCCCUCUCACCCCCCUCAUCGGCCACUUCCUCACCCCCAAACCCGCCACCCCCGGCCUCGAUUACGCCGGCAUUGUCGAAGCCGUGCCCGACGGCUGUCCCACUACCCUCAAGCCCGGCGACAAAGUCCUCGGCCGCCACGAGUGGCCGUACCAGCAUGGCGCGCUGGCCGAGUACAUCCUAGGCCAGCCGAACGGCGUGGUGAAGCUGCCAGACGGGCUGUCCUUCGUGCAGGGCGCGGCGAUCGGGACGGCGGCCGUGUCGGCGCUGCAGCCGCUGGAACUUGCCAAGAUCAAAGAGGGGGACAGCGUGUUCAUCAACGGUGGGAGCGGCGGCGUAGGCUCCUUCACGGUGCAGAUUGCAAAGCUGCUGGGGGCGGGGCAUGUCACCGUCACGUGUGGGCCUGCGAACGUGGAGCGCAUGAAGGCUUUGGGGGCUGACGAGGUCAUCAACUACCGCGAGGUGGAUGUUGUGGAUGUGCUCAAGGCCGGCGCGAAGGACAGCGGGAGGUUUUAUGACGCUGUGAUCGAGAAUGUGGGUGCUGUCGACUCGCUAUAUGAGGAGUGCCAUCAUUUUUUGAACUCUUGGGGUUGCUUUGUGCAGGUUGCGGGGACGAACGUUUUGUUUACUGCGAAGCGUCUGAUACUACCUGGGUUCCUGGGCGGAGGGAAGAGGAAGUAUAGGACCUAUCUGGCGUCCAAUGUGCCCGAGGAGUUGCAGAGGAUUGCAGCGUGGGUCGACGAAGGGAAACUCAAGGUGGAGAUUGACGAGGAAUUUGCGUUUGAGGAUGCGAAGGAGGCUUUUGCAAAGCUGCGGGGUGGGAGGGCACGGGGGAAGAUUGUGGUGAGGGUGCCUAGGGAGGGGAGGGCCUGAGUGGACUUGCUGGAUCAUUUACAUCCGUGGGUGAUUACAACCGUAGGUGAAACGCAGGGGCUA